UAACUGAAAGAGAAAGUAAAAAAGAAAAAAUUCAGGGAAGUCACUCCAUUAUCCUGCUUUAUCAUUCAGCGACAGCGCAGCCAUGCUGUUUCCUGACUGCUAGUUCCUAAAAGUUUUACAUUGAUCGAUUAUCCGACCCGACGCAGGUCAAAUCAGCCCCCCGCCGAGUUCAUCUGAGGUGAGACCGGAGGAGGAAAAUGUCCCGCGGCUCCAACGCUGGUUUUGACCGACACAUCACCAUUUUUUCACCUGAGGGCCGACUCUACCAAGUCGAGUAUGCCUUCAAAGCCAUCUCUCAGAGUGGGCUGACAUCUAUCGGAGUCCGAGGGUCGGACAGUGUGGUGGUGGUGACGCAAAAGAAAGUACCGGACAAGCUGCUGGACUCCUCCACUGUGACCAACAUGUUCCAUCUAACCCCUCGCAUCGGCUGUGUGAUGACGGGUCACAACGCGGACAGCCGCUCACAGGUUCACCGGGCCCGAGUGGAGGCCGGAGAAUGGAAAUAUAAGUUUGGCUAUGACAUCACAGCGGACGUGUUGUGUCGCAGACUGGCGGAUAUUUCCCAGGUGUACACACAGAAUGCAGAGAUGAGACCACUAGGCUGCUGUAUGAUCCUGGUGGCGAUGGACCCCCAGCACGGCCCCGUCUUGUAUAAAUGUGACCCGGCAGGAUACUACUGCGGCUUCAGAGCCACGGCGGUCGGGGCCAAACAGACGGAGGCCAACAGCUACUUAGAGAAGAAACUCAAGAAGAAGCCAGAGUUGAGCCAUGACAGGGCAGUACAGAUGGCCAUAUCUUGUCUGGCCUCUGUGCUGUCAAUGGACUUCAAGGCCUCUGAGCUGGAGAUCGGUGUAGUGACCAAAGACAAGCCUAAGUUCAGGACCCUGUCGGAGGCUGAGAUCGAAGUCCACCUGGUUGCCAUAGCAGAGCGAGAGUAGAGGCGUCCUCACUGGCAGCAGUCAGCGAUUCUUUAGCAGGCGUGUCAAACUCAUUUUCAUUUCGAGCCGCAUCAAGAUCAUGAAUGUCCUCAAAGGGCCGAUUGUGGCAGAAUGUAUUAAUAAAACUUCCCAUAAGCAAA